GGCGGGGAAUAGGAAGAGCCCGGCCGGCGUCGUUGACGUCUCCCACGGUCCAGAAUGAAGAUCUGGACCUCCGAGCACACCUUUGAUCAUCCCUGGGAGACAGUCACCACUGCUGCUAUGCAGAAAUAUCCAAACCCCAUGAACCCCAGUGUGGUUGGAGUUGAUGUUCUAGACAGGCACGUAGAUCCCAAUGGAAAGUUGCACAGUCACAGAUUGCUCAGUACAGAAUGGGGGAUGCCAUCAAUUGUAAAAUUGCUUAUUGGUGCCUGUAGAACAAAAACGUAUAUAGAAGAACACUCCGUAGUUGAUCCAAUGAAGAAAGUAAUGGAGCUCAACUCUAGUAACAUUUCAUUUACAAAUCUGGUGUCAGUGGAUGAGAGGCUAAUCUAUAAACCACAUCCUCAAGAACCGGAAAAAACCAUUUUGACUCAAGAGGCAACAAUCUGUGUGAAAGGGGUCAGUGUCAGCAGUUACCUAGAAGGACUAAUGGAAAACACUAUAUCGUCUAACGCUAAAAAAGGCCGCGAAGCAUUGGAAUGGGUGAUCAACAAGCUGAAUGCUGAAAUAGAGGAAUUCACUACUUCAGCAAGAGGAAACAUGAGGUCACCCAUGGCAGCAGCAGCCUUUGUGGAGAAAUAAUGUAGAGCUACAUAUGUAUGUGUCAGUGGUUAAGCCUGAAUGUCUGAAACAAACAGUUGCACACUUCUUCCAAGCUGGAAAUAUUUAUUCUUCUACCUAUUUAAAAAAGGAAAAGAAAAUCUGUAUAUUAGAUUUUUAAAUUAAACUUGGAAAGAAGUUGCAUACCUCUGUAAAAUGAAGGUACUAUGCAUGACUAUGGAGUUCAAUGGGACUGAGUAUUC